GGUGAAUGUAAAUCGGGUUGUGAAGGAAGUGUCGCGCGUAACGAUUCACUUUGCUUACCCCUCCUCUAUUCUUAUACAUAUAGAAAACAUAUAUUCUCUCUUCCCUUUUCCUCCAGCCUCAUCGACGUUCCCAUUCUCCUCUUCUAAACCCCGUCUCCGCAAUUAACUUACUUUGACUUUCCCAUCUCCACACAGUACACCCAUACCUAGCUAUAACCAACAAAACCCAUCAUGACUGCCCAAGCUUAUCUCGAACGAUAUAAACAGUUGACUUCAAUAGAAGACAUAAAAAAUAAUCUGAUUGAGGAACUGCUGCAACGUGUGACGGAGCUUGAGGAUGCAUAUCAACAAGAGCGGCUGGACCAUGAGCGCGAGACGCGCUUUAAUCGGGACAUUCAGCUCCAUGAAAUGGAGUUAAUGGAUCAGAUAUCAAGAAUUAAAACUAUUAUGGACCGGGAACCCUUCAUAGUCGUGCUUCUCGAUGGUGGUGGAAUCAUCUUUAAGGACGAAUAUCUGCAACAAGGAGAACAAGGUGGACAGAAUGCGGCGAAGAAGCUCCAUUCGGCCUUACAGGACUACGUCUCCGGCAAUUUCCCGACCAUCAACUCUCCGAAGGUAAUCACAAAGAUGUAUAUCAAUGUGAAGGGAUUAAGCGACCUUUGCGUCCGUGGCGGCGUCACGACCGAGCCUUCCUUGAUCGAAGAUUUUGUCCGGGGUUUCAAUGCUAGUUAUCCUCUCUUUGAUUUGGUCGAUAUCGGUCCUGGGAAAGAGAGCGCUCAUGAUAAAAUUGGAGAGGCUUUCAGACUAAAUUUAUACAACUGCCAUUGCCACCAGAUAUUCCUGGGUUGCUCGCAGGAUAGUGCUUAUGCUCAAAUUUUGGAAGACACACUGGCCGAUAGAGACCUCAUAGGCCGAGUUUCUCUGAUUGAGGGCCUCCCAUUUGCAAGCGACCUGGACUUAAUAAAAACAUCGUACAGAGUCACUAAGAUCUCGGAUCUUUUCCGAGAUACGAAGAUAUCUGUAUGGGCACCUUGGAAAGCUGCGGUGGCUAGCAAACCUCGCGCUCUCCUCACCCCGUCGCCCGUCCAGCAUGUAACUCUCUCUCGAACGUCAACCAAUACCACGACAACCAGUAACAGCGUGCCCAUAUCUACCUCAUCCACGAAUACACCUAACUCCGGGGAGUUUCAGGUUGUGCGAUCGAAAUCAUCUGUCCCGCCACCCCCCAAAAUCGUGGAACGAAACAAGUACGGCCAGCGUGUAGACCGACUUGACUUUAAGACCAUCCCUCGGGAUGAGGUAAACCGCAUUAAAAAACUGAAAUUGUGCAAUUUUUACUAUUUACAAGGCGAAUGCCCUAAUGAAAACUGCCAUCACGAUCAUUCGCGGAAAUUGACCAAGACCGAAUAUAUGAUUUUGACAGCCAUCGCCCGUAUGACUCCGUGUCGUUAUGGGCUGGAGUGUGAUGAUCCUGAAUGUAUGUAUGGACAUCGCUGCCCUCAGAGUGAACCCGGUAAGAAAGAUUGUUAUUGGGGUUCAAGCUGUCGAUUCGACAUUUCGGCGCACGGAAUCGACACCAACAUCGUCAAAGUGACUAAAGUUUAGUACCUCCACACCUAAAUCGAGCUGUGGACUUAAAGACCACAAUUCGGGCUCACCACUAUUUAGCGCCAGCAGAGAUCAUCAUUAACACUCUCCUUCUUAUACUCGUUAUUAUUACGAGGAUUCUUUGCUUAGGUAUCGGCGUUCUGUUCUAAUUAGUCUCCCUGCAUCUAAGCCUGUUUCUGCUCUAUAAAGGAUGAUUUUCGGGGUUGAUAUGUAUACACGCUACACGCACCUUUUCGCCGCUCGAGCCGAGUGGGUUGUAUUUACUCGUAAAUGAGGUUUACUGCGUUACGCAGUUACACGAGAGAAGAUAGUAUAUCUUCUGAUAGAUUUGAGUUUUUU